UUACUAGCACAAAAACAUAAAGCAAACUAAAACUCUAAGGCAAUUUCACAAGACACAAGGGCCUCAUAGCUAGCAAUAACCUUCCUUCAAUGGACAGUACCAAGAAAAAGAAGAAGAGGCAGACUGAGAAAGCAAUGGAAAGACAACAUAAAAGAAUGGUAGGACAUGUCAUUGAAAGAGAUACUAUCGAGAGAGGAAUGGAGAAAGCCGGUCUACAGAUCUUGUGUGUUGCCUAAACGGUCCGAUAGACCAAGGGAUAGGUGAAGGGAAAGGUGAUAGCCGUACUUUCGGUAAAACCUUAGACUUAUUUCGGGGUAAUUCGGAGAUUUAUAAAAUAUUAUGACUUACAAUCUGUGAAAUACAUUCCGAAUGUGUGUGAUACUGAGGACGUUUUCGGACGAUCUUACAUUUAUUCAUCAACUAAAUUGUGUUCUACUGUUAGUUCUUAUCCUUAUAUUUCACGUACAGCUCUUGUUCUCCCACAGGAAAUUUCUAAAAAAUGCAAGCGCAAAGUGGUGAGUCAAUCAGUCGUCUGAGGCUUUAUUCUUCGAGCGAAAACAUUCUGAGACAUCCAAACGAGAGGAGCCUGGACUAUAGCACAUUACUCAAGAUAAACAUAGAAAAAAAGUUUACUGACAACAUAACUCCUAACAUUGCUCAAAACAUUUUUAAUAUUUUUGAUAAAUACAACAGUAGUGUUUUAUUGGAGCCCUUCAACAUCACCACAGUGCUAACAGCUAAAGAGUUAUUGAAUCAUUUAACAAAAUAUGAAAACUGGUUUCCAACCUUGUUGAAGUGCCUAAAGGACAAACAAAUACGACUCAAUAAAUUAGCAAAAGAUCUGCAGAAAAUAGAAGGUAACGUCCGGCAGAGCAGACAAAGGCAACAACUUAAUGUCCAGGAGUAUUCUUACCAUGGCAGACGUGGUUUUAAUUUCUUUGGCUGGUUUAGAAGACGUAGGCCAGAAAACAAUCAUUUCACUGCCAGUGAAUCCAACUUAUGCAUCACACAAACUGACUCUAACGAUACUUUAAAUGGAUCUUCAGGCAGAGCAACUCUUGAAUACCCCAAGAAAUGUUCAUGUAUGCUGACUGAUAUACUGAGGUCUCUAUCAGCUAAUGCAACUUUAUCCAAUAGAAGUAACUUCGAGGAUAUCUGGAAUAGUAUACAUCUUUUAUUGGAUAUUAUCAAAGAAUAUAAAAACAGCAUUUCUGUUCUAGAAAAGAUUCUUACAAGACAUAAUCUAACAGAUUUACUUCUGCGCUUUUGUCAAUACAUAUCAAACGAAGGUACAGAGACCAUUUAUAGAAUAAAGGAGCUAACAUUGGAGCUUAUGGUCUAUUUGACCAAUUAUAAUUCCUCAGUUGUCAAAAUGGAGAAUGCCAAGAUUGAAGAAUGGUUUCAGUUCAUUUUUAACGAACUACUAAAUCCAGCAUCAUUUUUGUCAUCAAAUGAUGAUUUGGAAACGAGGAAUGAUCUUGUUCAAAGGAAAAGAAACUUAAUACUUGUACUUUUAGGGCUAGUCAGAAACGUUACAAGAGGAAAAGAGUAUUUUCUUACGGAUCAAUGGAAGAAGCUGCUACAACAACUGAGAGGGGAUACAGACAAAUUUGUUUCCGAUAUGUCUCUGUUUAUUCAAGUUUACAUUUAUGAAGCAAAAAAGAUUUUGAAGUUUAUAACAGAAAAACAGAGAAACAUUGAGGAAACAGUGCUAGGACUGCAAGAUUUCUUUAAAUAUUUUUCAACUUAUAACACUAUAAGCAACUUGGCUCAUGUAGAGCUUCAUGCUUAUAUUGAUGGACUAUUUAGAUUAGCGUCCAUUCCGCAGUUUGCAGACUUGAUGAAAGAGGGAGACAUCUUGGUCCACGUACACAACAAUGUUCAACAUGUGAACGACCAAAUGAUUUAUAGAUCGUAUCUCCACCUCAUCACCACACUUGGAUUCCCAGCAACAAAUGAUUUUAGGAAAACUAACAGAAGGGCUACAAGUGCCACAGACACAAGUGCUUCAGGCUCUACCAAACCGAAAACUCUCAAUGGCGAAGACACUCCUCCAUAUGAUUAUAUCGACGUAGCCGAGGACCGUGAUGUGCACUACAAUACAAUGGGAAAAUCUCCGACGGAAAGAGAUUUGCAAUCACUUUAUAAUCAAAUGUCACCUUUGAAAAGAUCGCACUCCUUAGGCGUCGUAGCGGAAACACUAAAGCCAGACGGCAAGGAAGAGUCUUGUUUUUCUUUUGGUACGAACAACGUGAUAAACCCGUCAACUGUGACUGUUCUACCAAGGUUUCUAACAUCGAAAGAAAUGAAUCAUUCACUUCAACAUACUGACGAAUUAGAGGACAUUGAAAUCCCUAUCACAGCUAUACAAUUCAUUAAUAUAGUUGAUAAAGGAAAUUUCUCCAUAGUCAGAAAAGGCAAUCUGAACCAUCGCACAGUGGUAGCUGUGAAGUCCAUGAUACCACACGAAAUGUCGACACAACAGUUUCUAUUCGAAGCUGUACUUUUGAAACGUCUGGACCAUCCAAAAAUCGUUAAGAUUUUGAAGGUGGUAAUUGAAGAGCCCAUAAGCCAUAUAGUACUGGAGUUCCUCUCUAAUGGAAACUUACACGCUUAUUUAGAAAAUGGUGGAUUACAGAAUGGGACGUUAAAAGACAUAGUGAAUAUUGCUGUUCAAAUUGUGGAUGGUAUGGCAUUCGUCCACAAACAGAAAAUAAUACACUGUGAUCUAAGAGCAGCAAAUAUCUUAGUCGGUAAUGACAACAAUGUAAAAAUUGCAGACUUUGGACUAGCCCGAACAUUACAUAACAAUAAUGGCAAUCAUUUAUUGAAAGACAGGUUUCCUAUUAGAUGGACAGCUCCAGAGGGAUUAUUAAGCGACCAGUUCAGCCUUAAAUCCGACGUCUGGUCAUUUGGUAUAGUCAUGUAUGAGUUAAUCACAUUUGGACGAGAACCUUACACAGGAUACUCUAAUGAUGAGGUCAAAGAAUUGAUUAAGAAAGGAGAGAAAUUAUCCAGACCAACCAAUUUACCUUUGAAAGAUAUUCCAGAAUCGUAUUAUGAAAUCAUGUAUUCCUGCUGUGACUUUUCAGUUCAGAAUAGACCAAGCUUUAUACAAGUUCAAGUAGAGUUCAUGCGUAAAUAUCAAGUUCAAGAAACUUAAAAAGAAAGGACUUUAUUAAAAAGACAAUUCCUUCUUUUUAAAUAUUUAGAAUAGAAGCUAGUUUAUGAAAUGACAAUGAUGCCUGUGUAUUAAAAAAUCUUAUAAUUAUUGUAUACACAAGACAAGCGCAAAAUGUUUCUAAACCUCUAUUGGUUUAUUUAAGGAUUUAUAUAAGGAUUCAUUUCCAUUUACGUUUGCUCAAAAUUGAGAUUCGCAGACACAAAAUGAUUAUAUAUUUAGGUGCUCGUCAAACACAACUCUGCCAUAGUCGGGAUUUAAGUUCGAGCCCCUGUGUUAGGUGGUCGAGCCGUAGCAGAGCGGUUUUGGUCUCUCUCUCACACACAAUCCACAAGUUUCAGGCAUAUCACCCCGCUCUGUGCGAGAGACUUGGGAGGACAUAGGUCUAAGAAAGUCUAAAAAUACUUUGAAUAAUUACGCUGCGUGUUGGGCACAAUAUUACUGUAAAAUGUGUUUGUUUAUGCACCAUACCUACAACAUGGCUUUCUUUCUUCGCUUUAUAUAAGCGCCAGUCUGUGAAGUUCAACGAUAAAACAAUGGAUUGUUUGUCAGAUGUCUUACAUGCGUCGGAUGUUCCUUGUAAAAUGUUUUACCUGUGUCGGGUGUUCCUUGUAAAAUGUUUUACCUGUGUCGGAUGUUCCUUGUAAAAUGUUUUACCUGUGUCAUAUGUUCCCUGUAAAAUGUUUUAUCUGUGUCAUAUGUUCCUCGUAAAAUGUUUUACCUGUGUCGGAUGUUCCUUGUAAAAUGUUUUACCUGUGUCGGAUGUUCCUUGUAAAAUGUUUUACCUGUGUCGGAUGUUCCUUGUAAAAUGUUUUACCUGUGUCGGAUGUUCCUUGUAAAAUGUUUUACAUGUGUCGGAUGUUCUUUUUAAAAUGUUUUACAAGUUUCAGAUGUUACUUCAGAGUUGAAGAUAAUCUACUUUCUAGUCCAAACCUUUAGCAGGACGACGGGGAUGGGAGCGGGCAGGGUUUGAACCCGGGACCGCCGAGACAACCGAACGACAGUCUAGCGGGCAUACCGCACUACCAGGCAGCCAUGCGGUGAUUGGGGUGUAGUACAGUGUUGGCUUGCUAUAAACAAUUUCUCCAGAUAUUUUUUUUUUACUAACUAAUUUAUGUUAAUGUGUUUAUUUUUUCAAAUGUAAAAGAAAUUAUCAUGUACAUUUUCGUAUCAUCAUUCUCCACAUUCAAUACCGCAUAUCAAUCUUUAUGUCUUUGGAUGGAAAGCAAUCAGCAAUAAUAAUAUCACUAAUGAUUUACUGUGUCUCGGCAAUUUUGACUUGGUACUAUUGUAGGUUUAAACAUGAAAGUAAAAAAAAAAAUGAACAUCACUAAAUUAAUACUGCUUUCAUUAAAAAACAAUAAUGGCAUAUAUAACGGAAUACGACACUAUAUGCAUCUAUUUUCUUGUGCUAUAUCAGUUCAUUCCCUUUAAACACAUUAUUUUCGAGUGAAUUCUAGAAGCAAUGAUCUACCCGAGAUGACAGAACGAGGUCAGUAGAAAAAUGAAAAUUGUAUAAAAUUAAAAUAACUUCUUCGCUAACAGAUCUUUUUUUUUUCAUCAGACAAGUCGCAACCCCAUUAACCAUGGCUCGCGGAACUAAAAAGGUUGAGAAUCAUUGCUUUAAAUAUUUGUAAUAUUUUUAUAUUACAACAUGGGUAUAUUUCUUACCUACCUAUAUAUAUAUAUAUGUACACUAUGUUAAGCAAAUGUUGCAACUGCGUAUUUACUGCUGUAUAUAUAACUAUAUGAAUACAUUGUAUUAUAAUCACGAUCUGCAGAUGAUAGUAAACAUACUGUUUGUAUAUAAAACUAUCAUGACAUAUUGAUGUUGAUGGGUAAAAGUGUGUGUGUGUGUUUGGGCUAAGUCGCAAAGAAUGGGUUAAUGUCUGGACGUGGAGAGUAUGAUAUGCAAUGAUUUCGGAUAAAGGCUUGUUGAGACCGUGAGUUCUUUAGGUUUUUUGAAAAGAAAUAUAGUUACAUUUGGGACCUGAAAGGAAAUGGCUGAGACAGUUAUUUAACUUACCAUGAAGAGUAAAAUAAAUGUAGCAUUGAUGUUUAGAUAUCAAAUUUAAAUUCACAUUUGUAUGUACUCUUUCUUGUUUUCCUUUGAUAUUUCUAAAUCUUUUGAAUGAUUGCAGAAAUAUAUAUUUUUUAAAAAGUAUUUGCAUUUUUUCUUAUAAAAACAUUUCUGAAGUUAAAUGGUCGCAACUUAAUCCUUGAUGUAUAGACUUAUGAUUCACUUAGUUUAAAAGCAUAAUUUGCUAAACGUAUGUGUAUUUUAAUUAUUAAACUUAAUUCUUGUUGUGGAAAAGACUUUACAGCUGUAUUUGUAUGUGGAGGUAUUAUCAAUAUGGAUUAUAUUUUUAUGAUGCUUAUUUAAAAAUAUUUUUAAGUAUAG